GCCCCAGCUGGCCUGGAACUUGCCUAUGUAGACCAGGCUGGCCUCAAAUUUGUAGAGAUCUGCCUGCCUCUGCCUCCCAAAUCCUGGGAUUAAAGGUGUGCCCAGCUGAGGCUAAUCUUUAAUGGGACUAAUCUUUCAUACCCACCUAGCUUGCACCUUUGAACUUUUGUUCCUUUCCCUACAAACUACAUUUUUAUAUCUUUAUGUUCCACUUCAUGCCCAGUGUAGACCUAGAUACGAAUAGUGAGCAGUAGCCUUGACAUAGACUGAAUAUUACCUUGUCUUAAAUAUUGUCUGCCAAACAUACUGGUUUAUUACUUUUUAAUUCAUUUUCAAGGUCUCAGGCAGAAUACAGUGAGAUUCUUUGCCAGUGUGUAACACAAAAUGGCCUGUAACCUGGCUCUCUGUAGCGUUCCAUCUGAAACUUGAGCCAAACUUGUUGGCAUUUCUCUCUGUGUUCUGAUCUUCCAAGAUAUCAGACAGCUCAUUGAGCUCUGUGUACAGUAUUCUAGGGCUUCUCUAGCCCCAAGCUAUAGACUCCUAUAUUCCUCCCCAAAGCCAGUGCCAAAGGCCUAAGAACCACAGCAUCACCACUCAUUACCAGUCUUCUGUAUUACUUAUUCCUGUCACAAAAUACCUGGCAAAAGUAGCUUAAGGAAGGAAGGGUUUAUUCUGGCUCACAGUUUGAGAGUCCAUGGCAAGGAAGGCAUGGCAUGGAGGCUGGAGAAAGGUAGCUGGUCAUAGUGCACCCAUAGUGCAGAAACGGGAAUAGUGCUGCUCCUUUCUCUUUUUUCUUUUUCUCCCAGCCCAGGAAUGGUGCCACCUAGAUUUAGAGUGGGUCUUCUGCCUUAAUUAACCCAAUCUAGAAACUCCCUCACAGACCUGCCCAGAGAUUGACAAGAUUAACCAUCUACAGGAGUAGUGAAAAUCAGGAAAGUACAAGAGAUGAAACCAUUUUAGGUCUCUAGUGGAGUUGAUCUGAGAACUGGGAAGAUACCUGGAGAACAGCCAGCUGGUGAUAGGAGUGGGCUGAGCGGCAAGUGUGAAAGUAGCUUGGGGCAGAGGUCAGUUGUAUUGGGAGGGGCGUCCACAUGGCCUGUAGUAGGACAUGGGGCUCAUAAGGAGGUUCUCUUCACUCACUGAACAAACCUACUUAUUCUAGCCCUGUGCUAGAGCACAGUAAAGAAGAACAGAGGGGCAAAGUGAGAGAAGUGAAGGAAGAAUGAGAGGAGCCAAGCUGGUCUUGGGAGGCCACCAGAGGGCACCCUUGGCUUACUUUGCCAUUUGAGAUUCACAUUCUUUGCUUUCUCUAUAUACAGAAUUUUCUUUUGCAGAGGGUCUUUUUUGGAUAUGUAUCCCAGGCUGACCUCAGACUCACUUUAUAGCCAACGAUGACCUUGAGCUUUUGAUCCUUCUGCCUCUACUUUCUGCAUGCUGUGAUUAUAGGCACACCUGAUUUACACAGUGCUGGGGGGUGGAACCUAAAGCUCAUUCAUAACUAGGCAAGCACUCUACCAAUUGAGCCAGAUCCCCAGACUCUCCCAAGAUUCUUUAUAAUGCCAGAAUGCUUUAAUUCUUUAUAAUGCUGUUGGAGGAGAUAAAGUGGCUAGACAUUAAGGAGACUUGGCAGGAAGUUGUGAAGGAUAGUAUGUGCAUAGGGGCACAAUUGAGCAAAGGCUUGGAAGAGGCAGAAGCUGGGAUGGGUCUGACUGCAAAUGGUCCCAACUUCAAUGAGGGCUGUGUUUUGGGGCAUUCGGGAUGAAGGUGAAGCAGGCUGUGGUGGUGCAUGCCUUUAAUCCCUGCACUCAGGAGGCAGAGGCAGGCAGGUCUCUGAGUUCAAAGCCAGCCUGGUCUACAGAGUGAGUUCCAGACCAGCUGGCGCUACUGGGAGGAAAAAAAAAGAGGAUGAAGGUGAAGUUGGGUAGAAGACUACAGGUGUAGCCAGGAACAACUGAAUACUUUGUUGAGUGGACUUUAAAACCAUUGGGGGAGGGGCGGCUGGAGAGAUGGCUCAGUGGUUAAGAGCACUGACUGCUCUUGCAGAGAACCCGGGUUCGAUUCCCAGCACCCACAUGGCAGCUACAAACCAUCCUUAACUCCAGUCCCAGGGGAAUCUGAAGCCCUCUUCUGACCUCCAAGGCAUUGCACGACACUGGUGCACUCACAUACAUGCAGGCAACACACUCAUACACAUAAAAUAAAAAUAAUUAAGGAGGCCCUGCUCUCUGCCACUGCCCUUGGAUGCGGGUCAGCCCGGGCCACAGUCAUGACAGAAUUGCUUCAGCUUGUGCUUGACUACUGGGUUCAUAUACUUGUCCCUAUGGGAUUUGUCAUUGGCUGUUAUCUAGACAAAAGGAAUAAUAAAAAACUAACUGCCUUCUGGAAUAAGAACAUGCUGUUUAAAUGGGAACUAAGGCCCGAUGAAGAAGUUACUUGGAAGACCCUCACUAAAUCACAGGAUGUUCACCUUUUAAAAGUUAUGGGAGAGCCGGGCGUGGUGGCACAUGCCUUUAAUCCCAGUACUAGGGAGGCAGAGGCAGGUGGAUCUCUGUGAGUUCAAGGCCAGCCUGG